AUGGCUCAUCCCUCUCGCAGUCCGAUUGUCUACCCCUUCGAGGCCCGCGAUCAACAAGACCGCGCCGAGGUCUGGCAUAAUGACCCGCUUCGAAUCAUGAAUAAGCAACUCGCCGACGAGAACUUGCGCCUCAAGAAACUGCUCCGCGAGAAUGGUCUGUCAUGGUCUACCCCGUCCCGGGAGGGAUCUCAGCUGGCACAUGCCGUCGACAGCAUGUCGCCGCCACUGAAAAAGGUCCGAAGAACUCGCUCAUCCGCAGCCUCGGAUGCUUCUGAGAUCAAGGCUCGACUACCAACUCUACCUGUGGAGGUUCAGCUUCAGAUUCUGGAGUAUGCCAUGACGAGCGAGUACCCCAUCGUCGACCCACUUUGCGUGUCGGACUCCGCAAACACCACAAGCCUAGAGAAGGCCCGCGGUAAUCAGAUUGCCAUUGGGUUUCUCGUAACGUGCCGAGCGUAUCUCGUUGAGGGAACUCAAUAUUUGUGGAACAAGAAUACCUUCGUGUUUACAAGCCAUGUUGCACUGCGGAACUUCUCUAAUCUCAGUCUCGACUUUCGCAAGAACAUCAAGCACGUGAACUUCCGCAUCAUCGCCAGAUACUACGAUGACGAGAAACGCACCCAUUCCAUGUCUCAAGGAGGCUCGCGGAAGAGUGUCAAGUUGAAGGUUAAUCAGCGCGUCAAAGAGCACAACCUGGCUCGCAGGGGAUUCCGCAGCUACACAUGGAUGCAAACUGCCGACUUCUUGGAUGCACUACUACCGCCUUUCGACCCUAACCAUAACAAGACUAAAGCGCGCCCUCGUCUUCUGCCAAACCUGGAGUCGCUGAGGAUCGACUUCGUCAACUUCGGCUACAACUUCCUCACCUUUCCCGACCCUGAGCUCCACCAGUUGACGGUUCACGACCUCGGAUGCAGUCUCAACGAACUCAUGCUCACUGGCCUCCCUAUCUGCGAUGCGGGACACAAGGCUGCAUCCGAUUUGACCGGCAUGGUAAAGGAUGAGGGGCUCCUUCUGAAAGCCAAGCAGACUUUCAUUCAGUCAAGCAGCCAGGUCCGCCCGAUGCCGGAUGGUGAAGUGGAUGCCAAGACUGUUCGGACCUGGAAGGCUCUCGCGAAAGAGUAUGCAGAGGCGAACAAUUCUGGUAACAGCGACUAUAGCCACAUGGCGCAUCAUUUCUCGCACGGCCUUAGACACACCGAUCUCCCCGAGAUGCCUCCUGCUCCCAAGGAAGUGGGACAUCCCGAGUCCAUCUGGAAGAAGCGUCCGACAGUCUGGAAACGCGUUCCGAAAUCCCGUGAUUCCGAGGAGCGCGAGUGGGUUGAGUUUGAUCGGACAAUGGGCCAGUCAAUGGACAAUUGGACUCACUCUGACAAGUCCGAUACAUACGAUCUACACAGCCUUGUCUGUGAUAGGUGUGGCGAGAUUCACGAUCCUCUCAGCUGGGAUGACUAG